AUGAAGGCCAUCGUUUCCCGUCUGGCUCCGUGGGCUGAGGGCUGGCUCGGGCACCAGACCUGCGGUGGAGUGCCUGGGCGGUCCACCAAGGACGUCGUUCAGCAGUUGAUCACUGCCUGCAGCCGGGGCGACACCCUGGUGGGCCAAGACUUGGCUAAGUACUUCGAUUCGAUCGAUGUUCGUGAUGUGGAUGUGGUUCUGGCUCGCCUUGGCGCUCCCGCUCAACUUCGAGGGCUUGUUCAGGCUGUGUACCAGGAGCAUUACAAGCUCUUUUCUGCGGGAGGGCUCUUGGGCUCCUCCUGGAGCCGCGUAACUCGUGGGCUGUUUCAGGGCUGCCCGCUUUCUCCGUUGCUGGCGGCGUCCCUGCUGACGGCUUGGUCUGCGCUGGUGGAGACCACCCCUGGUGUUGCGACGGCUUCCUUCGUGGACGACCGCUUCCUGAUGGUGAGGCCUGGGGCUGAUUUUCGAGCUGCUUCGCGGUCCUCGGACCAGUUUGACGUUGCUUUCGGGUUCCAGUGCGACAAGGACAAGUGCCGUGUUGGUGCUCCCACCGCGAGAGGUUGGGCUCAGGAGGUCGCUCGCUUCUUCGGUUACGAUUGUGGUGCUCUCUUCGAGGUGCUCGGCCUCUCCCUGGACUUGGAUCGAGGGGGGCUGGCUUCGCUCACGGGCUUCUCGAUGGCUCGAGUUUGUCGACGACUUCGGCUGGUGACGGUGGUUGCUGCCUGCUUCCGAGCCCGGCGGAGCCUUCUACGUCGGCUGGAGGCCCAGUCUCUGCGGAACGACUUCCUUUUUCAGGUGGGCUGCAAAACGGCUCGCGACAAGGCGCGGCCACUGUGCUUGGAAGUGGUUGGCUACGACUGCGAGACGGCUGCCCUGGCUGCGGCGCUGGCUCCUGUGGCUCAGGUCUUUGGCGCUGUCAAUAUGGUGCUGCAGGAACUGGGCUGGUGGCUGGGCCCGGACUCCUGUUCCCUGGUUCGGCGUGACCGCUUAGGCUGCCUGCGCUUCUUCCAGUUCGGCAGUGAUGGGCUUUGCGUUCUGCAUGAAUGGUUGGCUGAUUGGCAUCGCCGUGCAGCUGCGCAGACCUGUGGUCGACUUCGGCGUGGCUACCAUCGACCCGAGGUGGGGUGGGCCUCUGGGGUCCAAUUUCCGGCUGUUGCGCCGGGUGUGCUUUGCACAUUCGCUGGCCAUCGCGGACUCUAUGACCAGGGCGACUCCUACUUGCGUCAGCUUUGCCUUGGCUACGGCUGCAGCGCAUGGGACAAGGCCCUUCCGCAAAUUCGGACUGCUGGUGGCCCGGCUGACGGGCGUCUUGCUGAGAGGCUGCUGGCUCGUGAGGUCCCUGAGAGGCCUGCUCCGCCGCCGACCGUCGACCUUGCCGAUCUGGAGGAGGAGAUCGCUGAGGCGCUUCAGGCUGCUUGGAGGGCCGAGGUCGCGGAAAUCUUCGUGGCCACGGACGGCUCUUCGUUUGCUGACGUCGCUUCCUUCGCUGUCAUCCUCGAGCAUGGUGGUGACUUUGCUGGUGGUGUGUGUGGCGAGGACCAGUCGCCCUACAAGGCUGAGGUUUUCGGCUUGGCUGAGACCUCGCUGCAAGAAGCCACCCAAGCAGAAGCCGCCCGGACCGGGCCGCCUGGCCGUGCCAAAGCCCUGGGACUCUCAUCUCAGUCCACUCAACCUCCCGGAAGUCGCGGCGGGAAGCCUCGAAGGAGCCCUUGA